CGGUGAAAGAGGUGCAGGGGCAUGGACGUAUGCGGGGUGGAGGGAAGAAAUCCUGCAGUGUGGCGUCACGGGAGAGAGAGCGAUCGAGAGACAUAGAGUGGGGGAGCAUGGCCCCGCCCAUUCCACCUAUUCCUUACGAAUAAUCGAAUCAUUAUGGACAAUGCAGCGCUACCUGACCGCUGAUUGGUCUGUCGGGCCGUCAGUCAGCGUGCAGACGAGGAGCGAGUUGACGUAAUCUGUUCGGUGAAUCAAUGCUAUAUAUCAAUUCCUCCUCUCUUCUCCUCGCCCUCUUGCCAACCUUUUUCUAUUAAGUCAGAAAUAUCGGCCAAGAUUUCACUGGCCGCCGUUACAGCUGCGGACACCGCGACAAUGGCUGUUUACCACCAAACUGGACUUUAUGGCAGUUCCUGUGCUCGCAGUUUCUGAUAGAAAACAACGCGUUUGACGCCCCGCCGCUAAGCUACCGUUAGUUCUCACGGCCGUCCUGUGGUGUCGGAGUCGUCGUGGUGAGAGUCUUCUAACGUGUUAUACAAGGAAUCUUACCGGGGGACUCUCAUAACCUGCAAACAUGUCUGGGGCGUCGGUAAAAGUGGCCGUUCGAGUUCGGCCCUUCAACUCCAGGGAGAUGAGCAAGGAUUCCAAAUGUAUAAUUCAGAUGCAGGGCAACACUACAACAAUCCUAAACCCUAAAGCUCCAAAAGAACCAGCAAAGACCUUCAGUUUUGACUAUUCAUACUGGUCACACACCACGCCAGAAGAUUCCAGCUUUGCAUCACAGAACCGUGUGUACAAUGACAUUGGUAAAGAAAUGCUGGAACAUGCAUUCGAGGGCUACAAUGUCUGCAUUUUUGCCUACGGCCAGACAGGAGCUGGCAAAUCCUACACCAUGAUGGGCAAGCAGGAGGAGGGCCAGGAGGGAAUUAUUCCCAUGCUUUGUGAAGAUUUGUUUGAGAAAAUAAAUGAAGGUUCCAACAAAGAAGAACUCUCUUACUCAGUAGAGGUCAGUUACAUGGAGAUCUAUUGUGAACGGGUGCGGGAUUUGCUGAACCCUAAGAACAAAGGAAACCUACGGGUACGAGAACAUCCUCUACUGGGCCCCUAUGUGGAGGAUCUGUCAAAGCUCGCCGUCACCUCUUACACAGACAUCGCUGACCUCAUGGAUGCAGGCAAUAAAGCAAGAACCGUGGCUGCCACAAACAUGAAUGAGACCAGCAGCAGGUCCCAUGCCGUCUUCACCAUUGUCUUCACACAGAAGAAACAUGACAGUGAGACAGACCUCUCCACAGAAAAGGUCAGUAAAAUUAGUCUUGUAGACCUGGCAGGAAGUGAACGAGCUGAUUCUACUGGAGCAACAGGCACCAGGCUAAAGGAGGGAGCAAACAUCAAUAAAUCACUCACCACUUUAGGAAAGGUCAUCUCUGCCUUGGCUGAAGUGGAUAACUGUACCAGCAAGAGCAAGAAGAAGAAGAAGACAGACUUCAUUCCAUACAGAGACUCUGUCCUGACAUGGCUGCUAAGAGAAAACCUGGGUGGAAACUCCAGAACCGCCAUGGUUGCAGCCCUCAGUCCUGCAGAUAUCAACUAUGAUGAAACUCUCAGCACACUUCGCUAUGCUGACCGGGCCAAGAACAUCAAGUGCAAUGCUGUCAUCAAUGAAGAUCCUAACAAUAAACUGGUGCGUGAUCUGAAGGAUGAAGUGGCUCGUCUGAAGGAGCUGCUCCACGCCCAGGGCCUGGGAGACAUUCUGGACAUUGAUCCAAUGGGGGAUGAUUACCCAGGAAGUGGAAUCAAAUACCUCAAAGACAUUCAGAACAAUAAGCAUAGAUACUUGGUAGCUUCAGAGAAUCAACGGCCUGGCCAUUUCUCCACAGCCCCUAUUGGUUCCCUGACAGCCUCUCCAUCCUCUGGUGCACUGUGCAACCAGGGGAGUUUGCAGUCAGUCACUAGCAUCCAGGAGCGUAUCAUGUCCACACCUGGAGGAGAGGAGGCCAUUGAAAGACUUAAGGAAUCAGAAAAGAUCAUUGCUGAGCUUAAUGAAACCUGGGAGGAGAAACUCAGAAAGACGGAGGCAAUCCGCAUGGAGAGAGAGGCGUUGCUUGCAGAGAUGGGUGUGGCAAUCCGUGAAGAUGGAGGCACUUUGGGUGUAUUUUCUCCUAAAAAGACCCCACAUCUGGUUAACCUGAAUGAGGAUCCUCUCAUGUCAGAAUGUCUGCUCUACUACAUCAAGGAUGGAAUUACAAGGGUGGGUCAGGCUGAUGCUGAAAGACGCCAAGACAUUGUUUUAAGUGGUGCUCAUAUCAAGGAAGAGCACUGCAUCUUCCGCAGUGAAAGGAACGCCAACGGUGAUGUUAUUGUCCUGUUGGUGCCCUGUGAGGCUUCAGAAACCUAUGUCAAUGGCAAACGUGUUGAAGAUGCCAUCCAGCUUCGGUCAGGUAACCGUAUCAUUAUGGGAAAGAACCAUGUGUUCCGGUUCAACCACCCAGAACAGGCCCGAGCGGAAAGGGAGAAGACGCCAUCUGCUGAAACUCCUGUGGAGCCUGUGGAUUGGACUUUUGCUCAGAGAGAGCUUUUGGAGAAACAGGGCAUUGACAUGAAGCAGGAAAUGGAGAAAAAGCUCACUGAGAUGGAAAUCUUGUAUAAGAAGGAAAAAGAAGAAGCAGACCAGCUUCUGGAGCAACAGCGAUUGGUCUAUGAGAGCAAAUUACAAGAACUUCAGAAACAAGUAGAGACGCGUUCCCUGAUUGCUGAGACGCCAGAUGAAGAAGAGCUGGAGGAGGAGGAGGAAGAGGAAGAGCCUAAACCUGUGGAAUUUUCAAAUGUGCCCUGGACUCAGCAUGAGUUUGAGCUGGCACAGUGGGCCUUCAGGAAGUGGAGGUACCAUCAGUUUACCUCCCUCCGUGACCAGCUCUGGGGAAAUGCUGUCUAUCUGAAAGAAGCUAAUGCCAUUAGUGUGGAGCUGAAGAAGAAGGUCCAGUUCCAGUUUGUCCUGCUCACAGACACUCUUUACUCACCACUACCUCCUGAGCUCCUUCCCCCGGAGCCUGAGAAGGAACGAGACUCCAGGCCUUUUCCCCGCACUGUUGUGGCUGUGGAGGUUCAGGACCUGAAGAAUGGAGCCACGCACUACUGGUCCCUGGAUAAACUCAAGCAGAGGCUUGAGCAGAUGAGAGAAAUGUACGACCGUGCUGGUGAAAUGGUCUCUGGACAUCAGGAGGAUGGAGAGGGUUCGCUGACAGGAAAUGACCCCUUUUAUGACCGGUUCCACUGGUUUAAACUAGUUGGCAGCUCCCCCAUCUUUCAUGGCUGUGUUAACGAACACCUGGCUGACCGCACGCCGUCGCCGACCUUCUCUACCACCGACUCUGAGAUCACAGAAAUGGCUGACGAGCGACAGAGCGAGAUGUCUGACCUGAUUGACGAUGAAGCAUUUGUGGAUGACACCAGCUCUGAUGCUGGCACCGAGGAGGGCUCAGACAUCUUCAGUGACGGCCAAGACCCCUUCUACGACCGCUCCCCCUGGUUCACUCUGGUGGGAAGAGCUUUUGUGUACCUGAGCAACCUGCUCUACCCUGUACCUCUGGUUCACCGUGUUGCCAUAGUAACAGAGAAGGGUGUCGUGCGUGGUUUCCUGCGUGUUGGUGUCCAGGCGAUAGCUGCUGAUGAGGAAGCUCCAGACUACGGCUCAGGAGUCAGACAGUCGGGAACAGCCAAAAUUUCUUUUGAUGAUGAGUACUUCAAAAAGAAUGACUUUUCCUCCACGGUUAUGACCCGCUCUGGCCUGUCCCUAGAAGAGCUGCGCAUUGUAGAGGGUCAGGGCCAGAGUUCAGAGGUCAUCACACCCUCAGAGGAGCUCAACAGAAUCAAUGACAUGGACCUCAAGCUAAGUGAAAUUGCAGAGACCAAGCUGGGUCAUGGUGAGGGUUUGCUGAGCCACCUGGAGAUUGGCAGUGUCUUCACCUUUCGUGUUACUGUGCUGCAGGCCAGUGGUGUUCCACCUGAGUAUGCAGACAUUUUCUGCCAAUUCAAUUUCCUGCAUCGUCAUGAUGAAGCUUUUUCCACUGAGCCUCUGAAGAACUCUGGCAAAGGAGCUCCUCUGGGCUUUUACCACGUUCAAAAUAUUUCAGUGGAGGUCACAGAAUCCUUUAUUGAAUACAUCAAAACCAAACCCAUUGUGUUUGAGGUUUUCGGUCAUUACCAGCAGCACCCGCUGCAUCUUCAUGGUCAGGACCUGAUCAGCAGUCCUUCAAUACCAUCAAGGAAAUACUAUCCUAUUCCAAUGCCCCUGUCUAAACCAGUUCCAGCCACCAAGCUGAACACCAUCACCAAGUCCAACCUGGGUCAGUGUGUCAGCAAGUACGACCUGCUGGUCUGGUUUGAGAUCAGUGAGCUGGAGCCCACUGGAGAGUACAUCCCAGCAGUGGUUGAUCACAGUGGAGCAAUGUCCUGUCAGGGCACCUACCUACUGCACCAGGGGAUCCAGCGGAGGAUCACGGUGACUCUCAUCCAUGAGAAGGGCAGUGAGCUUCACUGGAAGGAUGUUCGUGAGCUGGUCGUUGGUCGCAUCAGAAACAAAGCAGAAGUAGACGAUGGUGCUGCUGAUGCCGUCCUCUCCCUCAACAUCAUUUCAGCCAAGAACAUCAAGUCUUCACACAACUCCAACAGGACCUUCUAUCGUUUUGAGGCUGUGUGGGACAGCUCUCUGCACAACUCCCUCCUGCUCAACAGAGUCACUCCUUAUGGAGAGAAGAUCUACAUGACCCUGUCUGCGUACCUGGAGCUCGACCACUGCAUCCAGCCUGCUAUCAUAACCAAAGACAUCUGCAUGGUCUUCUACUCCCGGGACGCCAAGAUCUCUCCUCCUCGUUCCCUCAGAAACUUCUUUGGUAGCGGUUAUUCUAAAACACCUGACUGCAACCGGGUCACUGGAAUCUAUGAGCUUAGUUUAUGUAAAAUGUCUGACACUGGAAGCCCAGGGAUGCAGCGGAGGAGAAGGAAGAUUCUGGACACGUCAGUAGCCUAUGUGCGUGGAGAGGAAAACCUCGCUGGCUGGAGGCCCAGAGGAGACAGUCUGAUCCUGGAGCACCAGUGCGAGCUGGAGAAAAUGGAACAACUGCUUGAGGUGGAGAAGACUCGUCACCUGCUUCUGCUGAGGGACAGACUCGGAGAUGCAGCUUCUCUUGGCACAGCUCCGGCCAAGUCCUUGAGUGAGUCUCUCUCACCCAGCAUGAGCUCCGGCACCCUGUCCACCUCCACCUCCAUCUCCUCACAGAUCUCCAACGCCACCUACGAAAGCGCCAUCACGCCCAGCGAGAGCAGCGGCUACGACUCCACGGACAUCGAGAGUCUGGUGGAUCGUGAGAAGGAGUUGGCCACGAAGUGCCUGCGUCUCCUGACACACAGUUACAACAGUGAAUACAGCCAGGUUGUCAACAGCAUCAGUGACUGCAAGCUUUCUGAUAUCUCUCCUAUUGGACGUGAUCUGUCAGUGACCAGCUUCAGCAGCGCCACCCUGACCCCCUCCUCCACCUGUCCUUCUCUGUCUGACUCCCGCUGUGGCACCUUAGAUCAAAAGACUCCAGAGAACUUCUCCAUCGCCUCUAGUCCUUCCUGUUCAGAUUAUGAAAACUUCCCGAUGGUUCCCACUCUAGAGGCGUCCUACUUGGCACGGGCUGGAAAGAACGAGUUCCUUAACUUGGUGCCUGAUAUUGAAGAAAUGAGACCAGGGUCUGUUGUAUCCAAGAAGGGAUUCCUGAGCUUCAUGGAGCCGCGCUCUAACUCAUGGGUGAAGCACUUUGUGGUUGUGCGCCGCCCCUAUGUCUUCAUCUACAACAGUGACAAGGACCCAGUGGAGCGAGGUGUCCUCAACCUGUCCACAGCACAGGUGGAGUACAGUGAAGACCAGCAGGCCAUGCUCAAGACUCCCAAUACAUUUGCCGUGUGCACAAAACAUCGAGGAAUCCUGCUGCAGGCCAACAACGAGAAAGACAUGAACGACUGGCUGUAUGCCUUUAAUCCACUGCUGGCAGGAACAAUAAGAUCUAAGCUGGCAAGGAGGCGCAGUGGCCUGGUGAAAAACUGAGAGAGAGUGAGAAAGAAAGAAAGGGAGAACAAACUCUCUGUUGUUUCUGUAACGCCUUUGAACAUACUAAGUGUUAACACUUCUUAUUAAUCAUUGUGGUUCUUGACAGUUUUCUCUUGUAAGUAGACUUGUGGCUUAAGUCUCCUUUCACGCGACUAAAAGUUUCAGAGGAAUUUGCCUCCUGUCUACCGCUGCCAGCUUCCCUCCUCCUCUUUCUCUCCCCCACCUCCUCCUCAGCUUUUUGUGUUUUUGUUUAAAUGACGAUGUUCAGGGUCGGAUUAUGUUGUUUUGUUUUGUGGUCAUUCCCCAGCUCCCUGACUAGUAGCAUGUUGUUGUAGUCCACUUGUGUGUGCACGAUUCUUCAGAAACUAAUCUUUCUGGCCACUAAUUUUCAGUUUGCCAACCAUUUGUAAAAAAAAAAAAAAAAGUCUUUAUCAGUGUUAUGCGUUUCCCCAGAAAAGUCUUAUUUGAUUUUUUUUUUUAACAGUGUACCCACACAUUACCUGCAGCAUCCUCAGGGCAAGACUGGGUUUGCUUACCUACGAGAUAAAGUUAAUCAGAGAAGUACAGAUACAAUUAUGAAGGGAAACUGUACAAAUAUCCCAUAAUGAAGUUGAAUAUGAGUUCAAUAUGAGUUCACACUCUGCAAAAGAACGUAGAGCGACUUAAAGAACCAUUGCUGCUACUGAUUUCUUCUUUUUGUCUUUUGUUUAUGAGAUGUGCAUCAGGCCACUUCCUAAAAGGUCAACUCCAACGCCCCGGUACUGCCUACUGAACAGCAUUCACGUAUAAAUAUGUGAAAAAUUUGCCAGUAAAACUCAAGAGCUGCUUUGGAUUUUCAUCAUUAUCCCAGCGAUAUUUAGAUCCCACUCCUCUGUCUGUGUUCCAACAUCCUUAUGGUGUCAUCUGUGAGUAUUUGUGAAAAAUCACUUCUCAUAAGUUAAAAAAUACAGUAUAUAAAAAAAGAUGCUGACGAGGAAGAUGCACAGAGAGAACAUAAGUCUGUUCUGGGAUCAGUUUUUGUUGUUUCCUUUCGUAUAGGACACUCCUCUCUCAGCUCCUUGAACUUCUUACUCCAUCAGGUUAAGACCGUCAUCUAUGGACAGUCUCAACAUUCACUAUCAUCUCACGUAACCUUCACCAACAUCUGAUCUAUGUGCUGCAGUCAGCAGUCAGAUUGAAGUUAAACAGAGAGCAAAAAAACACAAACUUUUGGCCUUGACUGAGCCGCAGGCAGAGAGCCUGCACCUCAACUGACGACAGUCUCACCCACAACUCCCUUCCCUGUCUAUACAGUGUUGGGAUAAAACCUUAGUAAAAGUGAGUAUUGUUACUCCUCGGAUCCACCGCACGUCUAUGACCAGAUGGUUUUCUUUUUAUGUCCUUCAACAGAAAACCUCUAACUCAUCUGACCUUCACUUGUUUGACGUUACGUUUUUUAAGUAUUAAAAUUUGUAUUUUUUUUUGUAAUUUGCUUUUAACCAAUGAAUAGGGAUGUUUUUUAUGAAGUGUAACAGAGGGCAUUUAAUUCUUAUGUUUUAAGUAAUCUUUGUGUUGCACAUUAGCACAUAUCUAUAGCAAAGUGAGGGAAGAAUACACACACACACACACACGCAGUAUCAGGAUAAGUGAGGAGAGCACAUAUCAAGGUUAUACAGCAUAGCUUUUUUCCAAAGGGUUUAACUAAAGAAAAGCAAAGAAGUGAUAUUUAAGGGAAACCUUUAGUGAAGGGUGUUGUUGUUUGUGGACAUAUUUGCUCUGUAUGUUGUUCUGCAGCCUGUGGUAUAGUGUGAUGGUUUUGUUGCCUGUUUCUGUCCAGGUGAUAAAACAGUGAUUGGUACAGAUUGGCACUAAAAACUCUGGCCAGCUAACCAGCAGUGUGCCUUCUGUAUUAAAGAGAGGGGGGUAGAAAGGGUAAAUCAGGGAUACAGGUGUUUACAUUUAAAUAAAUAAUCAAAGAUGCUUAAAGGGAAAAUGGAAAAUGGGGGAAACAUUUUUUGCACCGGCUCCAAAUAUGGGUGCAGUCUGGAACCCUGUCUAAAAUAGGUUAAAAUGAAAUAACUAGUUUACUUUUACAAAAUAUAAAGACAGUAAAGAAUAAAAACCUUUUGAAAGUAAAACCGGAGGUAGAAACUUCUCUCAGGUCAGCCAGCCUGAUGUAGAGUCCAAGCCCUGGUUCAACAUCUCAGACUCAACCACCACUGUGCUCCAAGUGCAAUGUACCUCAACAUGUAGUAGAUGCAUAUUUAUAUGAAAAGAUUCCAGAGCAAAUACUUCCACUGACCCAUUUGCAGAGAUGUAUUGUUAUGGGGAAGAGUGUAUUUAUUGUUUGCAAUGUAUAUAUUAGUUUGCAGCUCUUUGCACAUGUUAUGGAAAGGUUCAAGCGAUCAAAUGAAAUCUGCACGGUUUAGUUGUAUCAAACUGGGAACCGAACAAAUGUGGAAGCCGUGAAAAACCUCUUCCAGCAGGAAAUGGAAGAGAGUUGAAUGUAGUAUGAAGAUGUGUGUGUUUCUCCGUCGUUAGGAUAACAAGACAAAAGUGUUUCCCACUACAUAUAUUCUUUCAGAGAUGUCUUCAUAGAGUACCUCCUCUUAAUUAGAAAGUCUGCUUUUAAUUUGGAGAAUAUUCACUCAGCACUCAUGCUAGAAAACUGCCUGAGUUCUAACUAAAUAAAGGUGGUUUUUAACUUUAGUUUUCUAAUAUCAGGGAAUAUAAUACAAAGUAGCUAGAGACUUAGAAAAUUUCCUUUACUUUGAGCUCAUGUCUUUUGUCACCUCUUCACUCUUGUCCCAUUGAUGCCUUUCACACAGCACUAGCCAUGACAUUUCACUCAUCUUCCCCUCAUACUAAUGUUGGCUCACCUUGGAUUUUGUUGACUAUGAUUAUGAAACACGCGGAACCGAUACACCACGACAUCACCACUGUACAUUAUUUGUCAGACUGGUUUCAUUUUCAUACUUAUUUUGUAAAUAUAUGUGUUGUAUGGAGCUUGAAUUAAAAUGUAAAUAUGUUUACUGUAUUUGUAAUAAUUAUAAUCCAUUCGCUGUAUAGCAUAGAUGUGUCAUGCAGAAACCCUAACUCUGUGUAUGGUAACCUUACACCAUUGAACUGUUUAGUGAAUGAGGCAACAAUAAAAGUGCAAACUGUGCAUUAGCAGAAAGACA